AGCUGCGAAAACACUCGACUCAUAUCUUCACGCCAUGGAUCUGUUAAUGCUCGAGAAAGCUCUCCUCGGUCUGUUCGCGGCGGUGAUGCUAGCCAUUGUUUCCUCGACGCUUCGAGGUAAGCGAUUCAAGCUUCCUCCGGGGCCACUACCCGUGCCGAUCUUCGGCAACUGGCUCCAGGUCGGCGAUGAUCUGAACCAUCGAAAUCUCACCGCCUUCGCUAAGAAGUUCGGAGACAUCUUCCUACUAAGAAUGGGCCAGCGAAACCUUGUCGUAGUCUCGUCCCCUGAUCUGGCCCGCGAGGUACUCCACACUCAGGGCGUCGAGUUCGGAUCCCGCACCCGUAACGUCGUGUUCGAUAUCUUCACUGGUAAAGGGCAGGAUAUGGUUUUUACUGUUUAUGGAGAGCACUGGCGUAAGAUGCGCCGGAUCAUGACGGUCCCUUUCUUCACUAACAAGGUCGUGCAGCAGUAUCGAUUCGGGUGGGAGGAUGAGGCCGCGCGCGUCGUGGAGGACGUGCGGGCAAAUCCAAAGUCGGCGACGGAAGGGAUCGUGAUCCGGAACAGGUUGCAGUUGAUGAUGUAUAAUAAUAUGUAUCGGAUUAUGUUCGAUCGGAGAUUCGAGAGCGAGGAGGAUCCAAUGUUCCUCAAGCUGAGGGCGCUUAAUGGAGAGCGAAGCCGCCUCGCGCAGAGCUUUGAGUAUAAUUACGGCGAUUUCAUCCCCAUUCUUCGGCCUUUCUUGAGAGGAUAUCUCAAGAUCUGCAAGGAGGUUAAGGAUAGGCGUAUUAGCCUUUUCAAGAGCUAUUUCGUUGAGGAGCGGAAGAAGCUGUCUAGCACGAAGCCGACGGACAACGCUGGGCUAAAGUGCGCUAUCGAUCACAUCCUUGAUGCUGAGAAGAAGGGCGAGAUCAAUGAGGAUAACGUGCUCUACAUCGUUGAGAACAUCAACGUUGCUGCCAUUGAGACAACCCUGUGGUCCAUAGAGUGGGGUCUCGCCGAGCUGGUGAACCACCCGGAGGUCCAGCGCAAGGUCCGGGCCGAGCUCGACACGGUCCUCGGCCCCGGCGUGCCGGUCACAGAGCCGGACAUCCAUCGCCUCCCCUACCUCCAAGCAGUGAUCAAGGAAACCCUCCGCCUGCGAAUGGCCAUCCCGCUCCUCGUCCCCCACAUGAACCUCCACGAUGCCAAGCUCGGCGGCUUUGACAUUCCGGCCGAGAGCAAGAUCCUCGUCAAUGCCUGGUGGCUCGCCAACAAUCCGGCCAAAUGGAAGAACCCGGAACAGUUCCGGCCUGAACGAUUCCUCGAAGAAGAGGCGAAGGUCGAGGCCAACGGCAAUGAUUUUCGUUACAUACCAUUUGGCGUCGGCCGCCGCAGUUGCCCCGGAAUCAUUCUUGCUCUACCGAUCCUCGGAAUUACGCUCGGCCGUCUGGUGCAGAACUUUGAGCUCCUGCCGCCGCCGGGAAUGGAGAAGAUUGAUACGGCGGAGAAAGGGGGGCAGUUCAGUCUUCAUAUACUUAAGCAUUCGACCGUUGUUGCGAAGCCCCGGAGCUUUUGAAGAUUUUGUUCGAGAUGUGUGGUUGGGACGGAGGAUUUGUUUGAUUUGUCUGGAUUGGGAGGGGGAGGCGAUGGGAAUAAAUUAGGUUGCAAUGUAAAAUAUCAUUGAUGUUAAGGAAAGAUGUCUUAAUGAAAUUUUUCAUUUUUGUUUUA